AUGGCCGUGUCUUCUCCCCCGAGCAUUCCCGCAACUUCCAACCCCGGAGGCGCGGGGGGCUCGGCCGGGUUGUUCCGGCCGGACCCUCUUUAUGCCCCCAGCCCCUCCGAGUCCCCGCGGCUGGCCGGCGGCGGCAGCUGCAGCGGCGGCGGCGGCGGCGGGAGCCUCCUCCACGGCUUCAUCUCCAACGCGGCGCCCGCGGGCGGCGGGGGGCUCCUGGGGGUCGCGGCCGGCGGAGGAGGAGGCGGCGUCGGCGGAGCAGCAGCGGCAGCGCCGGCGGCGGGGGUCUCCGGGGCCUCGGCGCCGUCGGGUCCGCUGGUGGGCAACGAGUGCAAGAUGGUGGACCUGCACGGGGUGAAGGUGGCCUCCUUCGUGGUGGACGGGCAGGAGCUCAUCUGCCUGCCGCAGGUCUUCGACCUCUUCCUCAAGCACCUGGUCGGCGGGCUGCACACCGUCUACACCAAGCUGAAGCGGCUGGACAUCGCGCCCGUCGUGUGCACCGUGGAGCAAGUGCGCAUCCUGCGCGGGCUGGGCGCCAUCCAGCCGGGCGUCAACCGGUGCAAGCUCAUCACGCGCAAAGACUUCGAAACUUUGUACAGCGACUGCACCAACGCCAGUUCACGACCGGGGAGACCCCCCAAGCGCUCUCUGGGGGUUGCGGUACAAGAGAACACGCGCUUGCUUCCCCACGGAGUGCCGGGCCUCUUAUCACCAGGGCUUAUCUCCCCAACAGGCCUCACAGCCAUGGCUGAAGCAAUGAAGCUGCAGAAGAUUAAGCUUAUGGCCAUGAACAGCCUCCAUGGGAGCGGAAGUCAGAACGGGACCGAGUCGGAGAACGAAGAACUGAAUUCGAAUGCAGGUGGAAGUGAAUCCUCGUGGGAUAAAGAGAAGCUUCAGUCGCCGAUCCCGACGGGAUCCCAUCACGGGAUCAGCCACGCGGCGCUGUCAGGGCAGGCCAAUUUGGCGAGCGCUCAUCCCCUAAGUCCUCUGCAGCAGAACCAUCUGCUCACAAACAGGAUAGACCUGCCAUUUAUGAUGAUGCCCCAUCCUCUUCUUCCGGUUGGCCUGCCUCCUGCUUCUGUAGCGAUGGCCAUGAAUCAAAUGAACCAUCUCAAUACUAUCGCCAACAUGGCUGCUGCAGCACAGAUGCAUAGUCCACUUUCAAGAGCCGGAGCAUCAGUAAUAAAGGAGAGGAUCCAAGACAGCCCUUCGCCUGCUCCAUCUGUAGAAGAGAGCCAGCGACCUGGGAGCCACGCCUCUUCCCACCAGAGUAGCAGUGUUUCAAGCUCUCCAUCCCAAAUUGACAACACACCAGAUAGAAUUGGUCUGUUAUCAAAUAUUAGAGAAGGAGAACCAAUAGAUCAAGAAUCUGGAACCAACCCCAAAAAACUCCCAAAGGAGAAAGAAGAAGUCCAGAUCGCCAUCCCAAUACUCAAACCAACCCUAGAAAAGGUCCAACUGGCUGGGCAGACUUUGCCCCCUGGAUUUCCAGCACCGUUCCUCUUUGCGGAUGGGUUGUCUUCAGUGGAAACUCUAUUAACCAAUAUUCAGGGGUUGCUGAAAGUCGCCGUAGAUAACGCCCGGGUGCAGGAAAAGCAAAUCCAGCAGGAGAAGAAGGAACUAAAGAUGGAGCUGUGUAGGGAAAGAGAAUUGAGAGAGAACCUGGAAAGGCAGCUUACAGCUGAGCUGCAAAGCAGAGCCACAAUUCAAAAGCGCUUGAAAAAGGAGAAGAAAGCGAAGAGGAAAUUGCAGGAAGCUCUGGAGUUUGAAUCAAAGCGGAGAGAGCAAGUAGAACAAGCACUGAAGCAGGCUACAUCAGGGGACGGUCUCAGGAUGCUGAAUGAUGCUGGGAUUCCAGACAUGGAAGUUGACCAUAACGGGACUCAACAUGAGAACGCGGCAAUGCAAGAAAACAGAGCAUACAUCAAACCAACCAUUAUGUACUGAAGAUGCCGAAUUUGGCAUGUUUGUGUGGGGUGGGGGAGGGGUGGGGGACAUGUAAC